AUGGGAAAGAAAGACGAGGAAUACGAGUUCCAUCGCGAAUAUUAUCAGCUGGCCGGGAUGUUGGCUGAUGAUUUAGAUCAUCUCACGCUGGGCUGGCGGUUCGACCUCUUAUGGACUCUUCCCUAUGAUGACCGUCUGGCCAGGGACGGGCGAGUUCGGGAUCUACCAAAGGAUUCUGACGAUAGUCCGGUGCUGAGGGAUCCGCCUCCUACUAAUCUAGUUGACGAGUAUGAGGAAGACUGGAACGAAUUGGGUACGAUCUGGGGCAAGGCGCAAGUGGAGAGCCUGGAGUUAUACGGUCGUUGGCGCAUGGAAGCUUGUCGAGCAUUGGCGGAAAAGGAACCGAACUGGGAUAUUGUUGCCCGCUGGCUGAAUCGUGCCGUCCUGGAGCAAUGGACAAGACAGGGACAAAAGCAAGAACGCGGCUAUGGUGUCCAAGGGUGCGAUAUCCUCAGAGUGUUGGCGAUGGAUGUGCCGGUAGCGCCAGUCUCUGAGCAAGAGCUCGCCUCAAUCAAUGGGGUGCUGGAUAAUGUGGGAUUGAUACGUACUUGCAACAGCGGGGCCAUUCAUAACUGGGCAUAUCGUGGUGACUAUGCUCCAUACAGCUGA